AUGUUCGGUAUCUUUAGCGGCAUGACUCCCCAAGAUGUCGCCUUUGAAUUCGUCUACGGCGUCGGAGACCCCACGCGGCCGGUACGGACGGUCAAAGGCACGGAAACCCGGCGUGCCGGCCCUCUCCGCUUCCAAACGGCGACCCGCGAGGAUGAAGUAGACACCGACGACGAGGAUGAGCGGAGGGACGCAGUUCAAGAGUCCUCAUCGGCAAGCUCCACCCCUACGACCCUCAGCUCAAGCAGACCAGAGACACCAAACCACCGCGCGCGCACGCCCCGCCGUCCCGGAGGCGGUCGCAACCGGGCCGACGACGGGCGCCGAGACCAUACAGCACCGAGGUCCGGGUUGGAGACCGAGGCUCUGGUGCAUGCGGUGACGAACAGGGUCCUCGACGCGCUGGAUGGCGAGAUUGACGCCAUGGUGGGCGAGAGGGUGCGAAGUGCGCUGGAGCGCGAAGGGCUUGGGGGUGUGGGGAGGGCUCGGGUGAGGAGGGGUUGGGGGAGAGGAGGUGUGGUGUGA